UCCUCGGGUUUUCAUGUUUUAUGCAAGGAAAUAUUGUUUAUACUGAGAGAUACACGAAGGGUAAAGUCCCAGUUCAUUCAUCAAUACUGUCGCAAUGUAACAUGUUCAGGACACAAAAUUUGAAAAGUAUUUGCCAACGCGUAGCUCACAAUCCAACAAAUAUAAGGAUGAACGGUAAAGUAAGACCACGAAUUAAAUAUUACAAGAAAUAUUCUGAUGCACCAUCCUAUGCUAAACCGUUUGAGGUGUUCCAGGCUAGACUGAUUACAAUGGAUAAUCAAGUAGGAAGUUCACUCGGAUGCAGACCGAGAUCCAGUUGCAGAGAAAAUCUUCCGAAAUGGGUCAAGAAGGAAAAUCUUAGGAGUAUCUCACCGUGGGAUUAUUGUUCUCAUUACGACGAAACAAGAUUUCCGCAAGUGAUAACUGAAGCUUCUUGUCUUUGCAAAGGAUGCAUCGAUCUAAACACUGGACUACAUACGUGGAAUGGCGUGUCAAAGCCAAUUCCUGUUGUCGUUUCAGUCAUCUACAGAAAAUCGUAUAUUCCUUCGUUCGACAAGUGUACCAAUUAUGGGUGCUACGAAAAACUGAUACAAGUUGAUGUGGCAUGUCAUUGCUAUUUACCUAGAACUUGAUUUGAUUUUUUUCUAGAAAAUUUAUACAGUUCAAAAUACGUGAUAUGAGUUUCGAUUUUUAUCAUUUAUAUUUGUUUUUAUAAAACUUGAAGCGAUAUUUAUAGAAUAAAUCAGAAAAUUUCCCGACCUUAUCUUGACUAAUAAAUUACAAAAAUUAUAUAUUUUAUAAUAUCAUAUCGACAGAUGUUGCAGUUUCAGUUUUAAAAUAGUUGAAUCAGGCAUCAGGUAUUUUAUUCAAUUUAAUUUAAACAUAAAUAAAUUUCUCAAGUCUCCCAAAGACAUUCGCUGACGCGUUUGAUACCAUCGCCUAAUAAUAGUUGGUAAUUUCUUUAUAUUUCAUUAUUUCUUCAUGGACUUUGCCUUGAUUUAGAUUCGUUAUCUUUGAGUGAGCGCUUAUGAUGUCAUAAUUUUUGCCUAACGGAAAUGAUUGCUUCGUGAAACACU